CGAGAGUCCAGCAGCCGCGGCUGGGGCUUCAGUGACUUCCUUGUUGUGAGCCUCGGCCCGGCAGUGUCCGGACUCGUAGCCCCGCUGUCCUUACCGGGACCGCUAGCCCGAGUCUAGGUCGCAGCCGCAACCCCAGCCGGUCGGGUCCCCUUUCAGCGCAGGUCCUUUCCCCGUACGCCCCGCGCUCCCUAACAUGCCCAACCCCAGCAGCACCUCCUCUCCCUACCCCCUCCCCGAGGAAAUUAGGAACCUGUUGGCAGAUGUUGAAACAUUUGUAGCAGACGUACUGAGAGGGGAAAAUUUAUCCAAGAAAGCAAAGGAAAAGAGAGACUCCCUUAUUAAGAAGAUAAAAGAUGUAAAGUCUAUCUAUCUUCAGGAAUUUCAAGACAAAGGUGAUAUAGGAGAUGGAGAAGAAUAUGAUGACCCUUUUGCUGGGCCUCCAGACACUAUUUCAUUAGCCUCAGAAAGAUAUGAUAAAGAUGAUGAGGCCCCCUCUGAUGGGAACCAGUUCCCUCCAGUUGCAGCACAGGACCUUCCUUUUGUGUUAAAGGCUGGCUACCUUGAAAAACGCAGAAAAGAUCACAGCUUUCUGGGAUUUGAAUGGCAGAAACGGUGGUGCGCUCUCAGUAAAACAGUGUUCUAUUAUUAUGGAAGUGAUAAAGACAAACAACAGAAAGGUGAAUUUGCAAUAGAAGGCUACAAUGUCAGAAUGAAUAACACUCUUAGGAAGGAUGGAAAGAAAGAUUGCUGUUUUGAAAUCUCUGCUCCCGAUAAACGUAUCUAUCAGUUCACAGCAGCUUCUCCCAAAGAUGCCGAAGAAUGGGUACAGCAGCUGAAAUUUGUAUUACAAGAUAUGGGGUCUGAUGUUAUUCCUGAGGAUGAUGAUGAAAGAGGAGACUUAUAUGAUGAUGUUGAUCAUCCUCUACCAAUCAGCAGUUCACCAGCAAGCAGCCAGCCAAUUGAUGAUGAAAUUUAUGAAGAACUUCCAGAAGAGGAAGAGGAUGGAGCUCCGGUGAAAGUGGAGGGGCAAAGGAAGAUGAGUCAGGACAGUGUUCACCACACCACAGGAGAUAAAAGCACCGAUUAUGCUAAUUUUUACCAGGGUUUGUGGGACUGCACAGGAGCUCUUUCUGAUGAAUUGUCAUUUAAACGUGGUGAUGUGAUUUACAUUCUUAGCAAGGAAUACAAUAGAUAUGGCUGGUGGGUAGGAGAAAUGAAGGGAGCCAUUGGCUUGGUGCCGAAAGCCUACAUAAUGGAGAUGUAUGAUAUUUGAGAGUCCUGGAAAAGGAAGAUUCCUCUGCUAGUGUGCAAAUGCUUUGGAUUGAGAAUCAUCGUGAAAGCAUGAGUGACAGCUCAUAACCUUUCUUUGUUUUGUUGAGCAUCGUUUGUCUUUGUUGUUUUAUGCAUUCAUUAUAAUGUUCCUCUGAUGUGAAAUUAAAUGAAGGAUAUUAAUGUAAAUUAGAUGCAAGCAGUAAAGUUAUACCUGUUGCUGUUUUUCAAACAAAUAAUCAUAGGUUUAUUUACUCAUUUGAUUUGUGUGAAAAAUUCAGCACUAUUUUAUAUGUAUCACAUAGUCAUUGCUACUUCUAGUAAGAGUUGUAAUUUCUCUUAAUACUGGAUAUCGAUUAUUUUUUAGAAUGUAAUAUAUAAUUUCAUAAAAAUUUCAAUUGAAUGUAUCAUGCAAGUUUUUGGUAGAUGCUAUCUAAAGAAUGUAGCUUUGUUAAAACUUUGUAGAUGAGUUAUCUUCGUAUUUAUUUUUCAAACAAUAGUAACAUGUUUUCAUGAAAGAAUUUUUACUGAUUGGUGUAGUUACUUUAUGUUAAAUAUAGCCACAAGAAAGAAAAAUGAUAGAAUUGCAAAUGGGAGUAUGCUGUCACCCUCUGCAACACACUUGAAGACCAGAACCAUGGUUUGUGCAAAGCCCAUUACCAAUAAUAAAUACCCUGGUUAUAUAAUGGGCUUGCCAACAUUUUCUACUGUAGUUUUCUUUAAAUUUAAUGAAACAAAAUUUUUAUGAGAGGUCCCAUUCUGCCACUAAUGUAGUGGCAUAAAGAGUCUCAAUGUAUUCUCAAAGUCAGAAGGCAUAACCGAGUAAUCUUACCCUGCCUGAUUGUUACUGUGCUAUUAAAGUCCCACCACAAAACAGUGCAAGUCCAGAUUUGAGCCCACUCUGCACCUCUGAAAGCAAUGAGAAGAGAAGGAAGGCUCAGAGAGGAGGGUGUAGAAAUCCGGUGGGAACAUGUACCCAGGUACAGGUGAGUGGAAGGGUAGUGUUAGUCUGACAUUGGAGGUGUACGUUGUAGUCCAGAGCAAGGUUUGUGGAGUUAUAUUAUUACUUUUUCAUGUAUGUUUGAAAUCAAAGGUAUUUUAAAUGUCUACAGGGUACCACUAUGGUAUAUAUAUCAAAAUAUACUGCUGAUUGGAUAAUUAUUUGAAGUAAAUAUAAUCUGCUAAUAUUGAAUCCUUGAUUAGAAGGUACUACUUUUGUUGAACUUUUCAGAUCUUUGCUUUAAAGAUAAAGAUUCUAACCAUGCAAACGAGGCGAUAAUGUUUAAAAACCUCCGUUAUUUAUAAAAACUAUCUACAAGCAAUAUUUCAGAGUUUAUGUUUUACUAUUAUCCCCUCUGUACUGUGAUUAUCAGAUUUCACAUGUAAAAAUAUAUAUAUAUAUUAAUUUGGGGGAUUGUGGGUGAAUUCUAGUUUAUAUAGAUUAGACCAUGUCAAGUUAAAGCUUUCAGAAAUUAAUUUAUGCACUUGUUAAUCUUUUCCUCAUAUAGAGCCAUUGGAAUAGAUUGAAAUUAUCUUGGCAAAAGUGAGACAACUGGAGAUGAAUUUAGUGGAUUGGUUUUCAAAGCCUGAGAGAUUGAAAAGUGAAAGCAGUUGUGGGUUCCACUGAAAAUGUAGACUUCCUUGUGGACACAAGUUUUGUGCUUCUGGCCUAAAUGAAGAUUUUAGUCUUGGGCCAGUAGAUGGCAGCAGCUUUUCAUUGCAUAGGAACCCACUUGGAAACCCCUCUUCCACUCAAGCACAGACUCACUCCAAACGUAAAGUAUUUAGAAGAUUAUUGCCUCUUUUUACAGUUAAUCCAGGAGAGGGAGUCCUUUGCCAACUGAUGCCAGAUAGUCUCUGGAAUGGUGACAGUACAGAAAAAAAGUGUUACUUUUGUCCAGAGCUCCUCUGGCCUUUGUUCUUUUUCACUUGAAUAUAGGUGGGAGAUGAGAAAGGAAACAAAAAAUUUUUAAUUGGUCUGACAGGAAAAACAAUCAUUACUUUCAACUCAUGACUACUUGGUAUUCAUUUGGUGAAAUCAUCUGUAUACUAGGAGGGAGAAAGUUUUCUUUCACCCUUGACAAUAUAGCACACACUCUUCAAGAUCAUAAUAAUCAUUAAUGUGAAUUUAAACAACAUGGCUUGUUAGAAAAUAUGCUAAUUGCUAUGUUCUCAUUAUGUUUGCUUAGCUUUUAUUUGUUUUUCUAUGAACAGAGAGCUAAUUUUUUUCAAAGGUGAUUGUAAGUCAUAUUUUACAUAGCGUUUUGCUUGAUUAUUUGCUCUGUACUGAAUUUGUACUCUA